UGUCGUAAAUUAGUAGGUGAAGUUGUGUUAUUGCUGCUCUUUCAUCCCUGAAGUCUGUUUUGGAAAGGUGACAGUAUCGCUGGUUCAUUCGGUGACUGGCUUUUUGUAAACCCGUUAUUCGAGUUUCUGGUCAGUUUCUUCCCCUCUUUUGUACUGGUACGGUGGCCGGGGAGGUGCAUCUGCGGCGGAAGUGCCGGGCGGGUCAGCACGUGGCGCCGGUGUGAGUGAGCAUGUCUUUUCGAGGCGGAGGUCGUGGAGGCUUUAAUCGAGGAGGUGGACGUGGCGGUUACGGUCGCGGCGGCAGCGACAACCACUUUCGAGGUGGAGGCAGUUUCAGAGGAGGUGGCGGCAGAGGAUUUGGACGCGGGGGUGGCCGCGGAGGCUUUAACAGAGGCCAAGACCAAGGACCUCCAGAACAUGUAGUUUUAUUAGGAGAGUUCCUGCAUCCCUGUGAAGAUGACAUAGUUUGUAAAUGUACCACAAAUGAAAAUAAAGUGCCUUAUUUCAACGCUCCAGUUUACUUAGAAAACAAAGAACAAAUUGGAAAAGUGGAUGAAAUAUUUGGACAACUUAGAGAUUUUUAUUUUUCUGUUAAACUGUCAGAAAAUAUGAAGGCAUCUUCCUUUAAAAAACUGCAGAAGUUUUACAUAGAUCCAUAUAAACUGCUGCCACUGCAGAGGUUUUUACCUCGACCUCCAGGUGAGAAGGGCCCUCCAAGAGGUGGUGUCAGGGGAGGUCGAGGAGGAGGAAGAGGAGGUGGCAGAGGUGGUAGAGGCGGUGGUUUUAGAGGUGGAAGAGGAGGUGGAGGCUUCAGAGGAGGAAGAGGGGGUGGUGGUUUCAGAGGGAGAGGACAUUAAAUGUAACAGUUGACAGAGAAACUUGCUGCAUGAUCUGCUUCUAUGAAUCAGAAACUUGUUUCUUGAGCAAGUUUUGAGGAAGUGGUCAUCUAAUGACAGUGGAACUAAAAUGUCAACGUCAUGCAAAAAGACUGCAACAGAAUAAGCAGUUUUACUCUUAAAUUGAGUAUGAACAAAUAUUUUACUGUUUUGUACAAUGCUUGAAACUCUGGUUGCUUAAUGUAUAAUUUUCAUUUGAAUUUUUAAAAUAAAGUGUUUUAUUCCUUUAAGUUA